CGUGUUUCCGGCGGGGAUGGCGGGCCCGGGCGCCGGGUGGCGGCGGGUGUGCGGCAGCCGCUGGCGGGCGAUCCCGGGCUCCGAGCGCCGGCGCUUCGGCUCCGUCACUGGGCUGGGCCGCGCCUUCGACAUCGGCUGCCGGCUGCUGGCGGAGGAGGACGCGGCUGCUCUGGACACGCUAUCUGCGCAGUGGCGGGCACAGAAGGAUCCCACAGCAGCGCUGGACUUUAGGCGUCAGGGCAACGAGUGCUUCAAGGCGAGGGACUACGUUCGGGCUCUGGCCCUGUACUCACAGGGUCUGCAACACAGUGCGGCCGACGGCCCCGGGACUGCCCUGCUCUAUGCCAACCGCUCCGCUGCACUGUACCACCUGCAGCGCUACCAGGAGUGUCUGGAGGAUAUUGGGAGAGCGGAGCACCAUGGAUACCCUGCGGAGCUGCAGCACAAGACCCAGGGCCGCCGGGCUGCCUGCUUACAGCAGCUGGGCCGGUGUGAGGGAGGUGUCCGGCCCCCCGAUACGGGGGCAGAUCAGCCCGACGAGCCCCCUCCCAUCUCCCUGCGAUACGAUGCCCUCCGGGGCCGUCACUUCACCGCGGCACGGGACCUGUGUGCGGGGCAGAUGGUGCUGCGGGAACGGGCCUUCUCUGCGGUUCUUAUCCCUGGGGGGCAGAGCGAGGAGCACCCCCCCACCCAGCACCUGUACUGCCACCACUGCCUGGGCACUGCCCCCCUGCCGCUGCCCUGCCGCGGCUGCAGCUACAGCUGUUACUGCAGCGAGCGGUGCCGGGACCAGGCCUGGCAGCUGCACCACUGGCUGGACUGCCCACUGGGUGGGCUGCUGCUGGCACUGGGCACCCACGCCCAUCUCGCCCUGCGCACCGUACUGGCGGCAGGCAUGCGGGAGGUGGAGAGGGUGCAGAGGUCGCAGCCCCCGUGUGAGGAGGGGGCCAGGCUCUGGGAGACGGGGGGUCAGCAGCCAACCCGUUACCAGGUAAUCCACAGCCUCCUGACCCACAGCCGGUCCCAGCCGCCCGAGCACCGGUUUCACUGUGUGCUGACCGCAGCCGCGCUCUGCCGCGCCGUCCGGGACAGCGGACUGGAGGCGCGUCUGGUGGGGCAGGAGCCAGGCAGGCAGGAGCCGGGUGGCCAGCCGGUCAGCGGCGGGAGCCCCCGGACGGAGCAGCCAGUCAGCGGCGGGAGCCCCCAGACAGAGCAGCUGGUCAGCGGCGGGAGCCUCAGGAUGCUGGGUGUGGCCGUCCUGCAACACAUGCUGCAGCUGGAGAGCAACGGGCAGGCCAUCACCGUGGUCCGGGACACCGGAGAGGGCAGUGGGCGUGUGGUGCAGACACGGCAGGUGAGGAUCGCCACAGCUCUCUACAGCAGCGCCAGUCUGUUCAACCACUCGUGUCAGCCCAACACCACCGUGUCCUUCCAUGGGACCCGCCUCACCGUCCGAGCCUCCCAGCUCAUCCCCGCCGGGCAGGAGGUGCUGCACUGCUACGGCCCACACUGCAGCCGGCUGCCGGUGCAGGAUCGACAGCGCGCCCUGAUGACGCAGUACCAUUUCCGGUGUGGGUGCCGCGCCUGUGCCCAUGAGGAGGAGGAGGGGAGCCCAUUGCUGCCGGCACCGUUCCUCUGCCAGCACUGUGGAUCCAACCUGUUGGGGUCAGAGCAGGCGCAGUACAGAUGUUCAAACACCAGCUGUGCUCACACCGUGUCCGAGCAGCAUCUCUGUCAACAGCUCAAUCGACUGACACAACGGGUGCAAAGAGCCGGCAGCCUGAUCAGUGCGCAGCCUGACACUGCCCUCCAACUGCUGCACCACUGCCAGCUCGAAGCCGGGUCUCUCCUGUCCGACCGGCACCGACUCCGGGGAGAGAUUGAGGACUGCCUGGCUCAGGUCUACGCUUCUCAAGGUGAUUGGUGGAGUGCCACGCAGCACCUGAGGGCGAGCGAGCAGGUGGUGAGGCUGCAGUACGGCUCCCAGAGUGUGGAACUCGCCAACCAGCUCUUCAAACUGGCGCAGGUCCUCUUCAAUGGCCAGUCAGUGGAUGAGGCGAUGACUGUGAUGGAUGAGGCAGUUCUCCUCCUCACCACACACUACGGCCCUGAACACGAGAUGCUGAUGGAGCUGAGGGAGAUGAAGUCCUGUCUGCAGAGCGUCUCCAUCGAUGGGCAGAUCCUCGCCUCCCUCCGCCCCAGGAGGGGGCCCAGUGGAGCCCAGCACUGGGCGGGGAACACGCUCAAGAACUGACUGGGCACUCGUCGUGUGCAGCGGAUCGAGAGACCCCCAGGGGCUGGCAAGUCUCUGGAGAAGCAGCCUGUUUAUUAAACAAAGGGAGAGAGCCCUCAGUGUG